GAGACUAAAGAGACUGCUAGCGGAAAAGAUGUAGAGCAAGCAGAGCUGGAGACACUGCAGCCGUCGUGUCGAGAGCGUCGGUGGUUCCACGGAAUAGCUCUUUUCUACCUUCUUUUCGCAGCAUUGUUUGGUCUGCCGGUUUGGUGGCUCACUACCUCCCCCGAACAGUUCGCUCUCCCUGCUCAACGCAUUGAAGCCCUGGCGAGGCAGGCCAUCACCGUUGGCGUAGACGUAGUUGUUGUAAAUCUGGACUCGGAGAUAACGGCGGAGGACCUUGAAAAUCUGAAGCAAUCGCUUUAUUUUGAUGCUGCUGACGCUCAACGUGGUUUGGACGCUCAGCAUCAGAGUGUAAUGGGCUUUAGUAAUGGCGAGACUGAGACCCGACGUUAUGCUGGUUUGCCUGUUCGCGUGGAUUAUCGCUUCUACACCACCAUGACCUCUGUGCCCUCCGAUGUCACAUCGUGCCUAGGGCAUGGCAUCUCCUCUGAGCUGGAUCGCGCUUUGUUAAACUCUAGUCUCCCUAUCUCUCUGGCUGCCGGCAAUGCAUUCGCUGUCAAACACAACGUCGAGAACGCCUACUACUUUAUAAUCCUGCCUGUGGAUGUGCGCGGUUUUGAGGUGGAUGGUGAACCCAAGGUUGAUAGUGCGUUCGCUGCAGUUGUUCGUGCCUCCCUCGACAGGAACCUCAUAUAUAUUCGCUCACCCGGUGUUGGUGGGGUGUACCAUAAUCUCUCCUCCGUCAUUCUUUCUCUUCUUCAGGAACACUUGGUAUUGCCCGCCACUCUGCAGGCGAUAUACGCGUCGGUGUGGUGGAAGGGCGGUGACGCUGAUCCGCUGCAGGCGAUGGAGGGCAGCGGAGGGCAUGCAGUUACUGAAUAUGAAACUGCGAUGGCUGAAGUGGCACAUGUGCGCACCCACCAGUUACCUGCAACGCCAGGCUACGAGGUGACCCUGAGUCUAGUGGGUGCCUUUGACUCCACUCCACCCUGUCUGCCUUCUACCGACGAUUGGUUGUGGAGUGUUUGUGAUACUCCCUCCAACGGCCUCAGCUUUGGUGAUUGGCUGCUUCGCUCCGUUGAACCUGGACUGGCUGAUCUCAGGCAGUUCAUCAAUCUGAAGCUCUAUUCGCAAUACCUUUACUCCGUGACGCUCGAUGGACUUGCUUGGAGUCGACUGUCAAAAGAUCGGACACACAGGUACUACACGGCAUCUCAGCUUUCCAGCGUGCUUAACUCUCUUGAGGCCUACCUGGGUCAGCACGCUUCGAGGCGCAGCCAGUCAGGCAGCCAUGUGGAGGACAGUCACACUGGCGGCACACACGGUGGUCUCCACCUCGUUAUUGUUGUAGACAAUCCAAGCCGCGACUUCAACGCCUCACUCCGUCGUCCCUUGCGCUUCCAUCUUUUUGCUUCCAACUCCAGUGCUGCCGCCUCCAGUAUCGCCCUUAUGCCACAAUGGGGAGCUUUCAUCUCUCUUGAUGACGUUAACGUCAGUCUUUCCAACCUCGGUGCGGUGGUGAUCAACACCAUACGUUCCUUUGUUGGUAUCUCUGUUCGAAGUCGGACUUUUUUCACUUUGAGGAAGAGUGAGCAAUGCGUUCUGUUAGAGGGCAGUUCGGUGAGUGGGAAGAUCAUCAAAUGGGAGUUUGACUCAUGGUUGCGUCGGCGAACGAUAGAGAGUCUUUCGAUGACUGCACUGACGUUGACUUCACUGGUAAGCAUGGUAGAGCGAGUUCCUACGAUGGUGAUCAACUCUCAUGUGGCGGGACGUGUGGAACACGCGGUAGCAGCGUGGGCACAAGCGUUGGAGGAACUGGCAAGUCCUCCCUCCACGAAAUCGACCAACGCCGGUUCCAUGGCAUUCGCGGCUGCCCGAAUAGCUCUGGAAAAUGCCGACGCAGGGUUUUUCGACCAUAGUCUUCUCGACUUACUCUAUUUUCCUUCCGAUCAGGUGUUCGGCAUUUAUGUGCCGCUGUUCGCGCCUAUAGGACUACCACUUGUGGCCUCGGGAGUUGCUGCUGUGAAGUUUUUUUUAAAGAAGGAUCGCCAAGCUCUGCAGAAAUGA